UUACAACCCCUUUAUAAAUAUUCCACCUCAAAUAACUCCUUUCUCAUAUUGUCUUCUCUGCUUUUGAAACACCCUCACAAACCAAAGCCUUCUCAUUCUUCUGUGAUCUCACAAAGCCACCAAAAGCCACCAUGUCUGCCUUCAAGAGCAAGUUCGAAGAUGAACUCAUAGCCAAUGCUGCUUACAUUGGCUCUCCUGGAAAGGGUAUCCUUGCUGCUGAUGAGUCCACAGGCACAAUUGGCAAGCGAUUCGACAGCAUCAAAGUGGAGAAUGUUGAAUCAAAUAGGCGUGCUCUUCGCGAGCUCCUAUUCACGGCCCCUGGGUGUGUAGAGUGCCUCAGUGGUGUUAUCAUGUUUGAGGAAACCCUGUACCAAAAGACUGCUUCAGGAAAACUCUUUGUGGACGUGUUGAAGGAAGCUAAUGUUCUUACUGGUAUUAAGGUUGACAAGGGCACUGUUGAACUUGCUGGGACAAAUGGAGAAACCACCACACAGGGUUUAGACGACCUUGGCAAGCGCUGCCAGAAGUACUACGAAGCUGGUGCACGGUUUGCUAAAUGGCGUGCCGUUUUGAAAAUCGGUCCAAACGAACCAUCUCCAUUGUCAAUCCAUGAAAAUGCAUACGGUUUGGCUCGAUACGCUGCCAUAUGCCAAGAAAACGGCUUGGUCCCCAUUGUGGAGCCUGAGAUUCUGGUGGAUGGAUCUCAUGACAUCAACAUAUGUGCUGAUGUAACCGAGCGCGUUCUCGCAGCAUGCUACAAGGCGCUAAAUGACCACCAUGUUCUUCUUGAGGGCACCCUUUUGAAGCCUAACAUGGUGACACCAGGAUCAGAUUCUCCAAAGGUUGCUCCGGAGGUGAUUGCUGAGCACACGGUUCGAGCCUUGUUGAGAACUGUUCCUCCAGCGGUUCCGGCGAUAGUUUUCUUGUCUGGAGGGCAGAGCGAGGAGGAGGCGACCGUGAACCUCAACGCGAUGAACAAGCUCAAGGGGAAGAAGCCUUGGUCUCUUACAUUCUCCUUUGGGAGGGCACUUCAGCAGAGCACUCUCAAGGCUUGGGCUGGGAAGGAGGAAAAUGUUGAAACGGCUCAGGCUACAUUCCUCACCAGGUGCAAGGCGAACUCAGAAGCAACUCUUGGAAGUUACAAGGGUGAUGCUAACCUUGCUGAGGGUGCCUCAGAGUCUCUCCAUGUCAAGGAUUACAAAUACUGAUACUAAGAUGGAGUGAGCUUCUAAUUGUACUUGUUUUUGUGUUGUUUGCACUGUUGGCAUUCAAGGCUAUGGUGAUCUUUUGUAGGUUUAGAAAUUAGAGUCACUUUUUUGCUUCCCAUGCUCAGUCAAUGGAGGGUUCAUGGUCCAAGCAAGAAUAAUGGCUUUCAAGUUGCAUCUGCAUUGGCUUGAUCAGCAUUUACUUUUCAGCAACGAUGAGCCUGCUUGGUUUAACAUUGAAAAGUAUGAAAGCGAAAAUAACACAUCUCGUUUUCAUAAUUUCUAACGGUAAACCAAACAAGCUCGUUAGUUGUAUCUGUACACUUUCGACAUUACACAUUUUUCAAGUUAGUUUCUUUUUGUAUAAUAAAAUGAGAAAUACCCUUCUAAGUGCACUA